GGAAUUUUGAUUAUACAGUGUAUAGCACCGACUUCUCCUGGGAUAAGCAACUGCCCACGGUGCUUUGCUAAACGUUAGCUGCUCUUGUAUCCCGCACUGAACUAAUUAUUUAUGAUGUCACUUUAAAAGGGCAGUAGUAACUGCAUUGCAAAAUACCGAAGAGGUAUGCCUUAUUUGGCGAAGGAUUUCGUGGAUGUGGGAAGUUUGACUGACGGCGUCCCAAUCCUGCCCUAUGGUUGUACAGUCAGCCAAUGGGACGCUACUGAGGAACGAGUGUAUUAGGGGUUCACAGUAUCUGCGCCCGUUAAACUGAACCAUGUAUAUUACAGUGCUAAACUUUUUUGAAAAAUUAGAUGUGUUAAUCACGGUUUUAUUUAUUUUGAGUCUGGAGACUGGCGGAGCCGAUGGGCAGGAGGGUGAAGGGUGUGGGCACACUGUGCAGGGCCCCUCCAGCGGCACCCUGGCCUCGCGGAACUUCCCCGGCACGUACCCCAACAACACGCAGUGCGAAUGGAGACUGCGAGCCUCACAGGGGACAGGACUGAGCCUUGUGUUCGGAGACUUCGACCUGGAGUACUCCCAGCACUGCACAGCCGGCUCACUCACCAUCCUCCUCACUGGAGAGCCAGCCAGCAGCAUAGGUCCUCUCUGCGGAAACAUGAACAUGAUCCAAAAGAAUCUGACGCUAAACUCUAGCGAGGUGACGAUACGCUUCGAGAGCGGAACCCAUCGCUCGGGCCGGGGCUUCCUGCUGUCCUACACCACUGAGGGGCACUCAGGUUUGACCUCCUGUAUGGAGCGAGGUAUUUACCGCAAGACUCCGCAGUUCAGUGCGUUGUGUCCUGCAGGCUGCAGGAAUGUGAGUGGCGAUAUCUGGGGAGAGUUUAGCCAGGGAUACCGAGAUACGUCAGUGCUGUGUAAAGCUGCCAUCCACGCGGGGGUGAUCUCUGACGAGCGUGGGGGUCCGAUCAAGGUGUCGCAGAAGCGCAGCAUCACCCUCUACGAAGCGUCGCUCGCCAACGGGGUCCUGUCCAAAACUGGUUCUCUCUCUGAAAAGCGCCUUGUCUUUCACAAAGAGUGUACUGGGUCACUGCCUGUCUCUAGCUUCAACGCCUCCUCAUUCUGGGAGGAAGUGGACAGCCUGGGACGCCAUGUUACAUGGUCCCCCGGAAACGCAGAUCUGCACAGUCAGGGGGCCGCCUGGGCGGCAGGGAGCAGCGAGCAGAGCGCCUCACUGGAGGUGGACCUGGGAGAGAGGAGGAACAUCACAGGUCAGUAAGUAUUCAACACGGCACAUCUCUCUGUCUAACUACAGAAUCUACCAAAGAUCAGCUUGAAGGACUAAA